AUGGCGUCAGAAACUCCUGAUCCCUUGCGUGCCCUCCAGCAGCUCGAGCAAGAGCAGGGCGACUUGAAGAAACGUCUUGCGAUUAUUCGCAUCAGCGAGCCCAUCUCUGACGCCGGUGACUCCAAUCCAUCUCCCUCAAAGCGACGCUCCGAUGUUUCUAUGUCAAACUGGAAUGACCCCACGCCGGCCUCGCUCGAGGCUGAUCUUACACACUAUAAGGAGCUCUUUUCCAAGCUGCGAUUUUCCUACCUCGAGCAAGUGACGAAGGAGAAGUUCCUCCGCGCAAUCGUGGGCGACCCGCCCCUCGUGGUCGGGCACAAUGAAAACGUCGAAAUGGAGACACAACUGGCCAAAGUCAAAGCCGAGCUCAAGGCGCAGAAAGAAGAAGCCCGCCUCAUGAUCGAGGAAAUGGAGACGAUGGGUCGAGAGCUGGCGAGCCGUAUGGCCUCCCUUCUUACGUUACUGCUUCAGUGGCUGACCUUGAACACAUGUAUAACAGGCUAUAAGAACGUCGAGGUCCAGAUGAAACAGCUUUCGACGCUUCCGGACGCCAUUGAGAACCUCGAGUCUACCAUCGCGGGCCUCCGCGCUAAACAGGUCGCCGGAAUGGACUCUUCGGACCCUCGGUCCUCCCAGAACCUACCACUUCCCGCCACGAGGGCACUGCUAUCAGAACGGGAGGCUGAACUGGCCGCACUGAACCGUCAAAUUGCUGCCGUGCAGAACACAUUACCGCGAAAGACACGAGAGGCCGAGGCCCUCGAGCGGGAGUGCACGGUGCUAGAGCGACGGAAGGACGAAGCAAUUACACAGGCGCAUGAGGCUCAGCGUAAGAAGCAGGAAGGAGAGAGCGAUGGACUCGAGGAGAUGGGGCGCUGGUACCGAGGCGCGGAAAAGACAUUAAAAGAGAUGGUGGAUGUUGAGGGAUGA